AUGGCCCGGGUGGCGGUCGCGCGCGGCUGUCGGAUGCCACCGGUGCCGGCCGACGAGGAACAGAGUGGUGGCGGCCCACGGCGCGCAUACCCCAUCGUCCCGCACUCCUCCAUCGCUGGCUUCAGCGAUCUCCCCGACACCAUACGCUCGCGCACAGCCGCACUCGGGCCACCCUAG